AAAACAAAUUCGAAUGUCGCAUCACUAUCUCUUUUAUUAUAAAAAUAACUUUUGCGUGUAACGAAACGUGUCGCCAACUUCGGUUGUCUGUCAACAAACAUUAAUAAAAGUUCAUUACUUGUCAUUUUAUUAAAAGAAAAACGUAAUUUUCAUUGACAAAAAGCAACAGCUAUCAGAAAAUGGAGGUGCUGGUCAAAAGCGUGCUUAUUGGGGCAGCAGCUCUGGUGGCGGCUGUGACCAUCGCCGUGGAGUGGUGGCAAUACCGUCAGGUGCCGAAGACAUAUGCUGCUUAUGGACAACGGAAACCAAACUCGAAUUAAGAUCAAAGACCAGCCAAGAUGAGAUGGAAGUGGCGAUAUUAUUUAAUUUAAUUUAUUGUAAUUUAAUUUUAGUAUUACACUUAGUUUAGUAAUAAAAUAAGUGAGCUACAUAGAUGUCUAAGGUCCUUUGUUUUUUUACAUAAUAUAAAACAAAGUCGCUUUCUCUGUCCCUAUGUCCCUUUGUAUGCUUAUAUCUUUAAAACUACGCAAGGAAUUUUGAUUUUUGAAAAGAUAGACUGAUUCAAGAGGAAGGUUUAUAUGUAUAAUACGUGCGUAAUAGGGUGUCUUUUAGCAGCGCUAAUUGCUUACCAUUAGGUGAUCCAUCUACUCGUUUGCCUCAUAUUCCAAUUCCUUAAGUAAGAUUUUUUUAAGGGGGAAAAUCAUUGAAUGAUUUCUCCCGCGAAGCGAGAGGGAGUGUCAAACUCUUGCUGACUAAAACAUCUCCUUUCCUACGACUGCUAAUAUUAUAAUAAUAUUAAUUACAAAUAAGCUAAAUAAUCUUUGCAAUUAAGAUUAAUUUAGCGUAUUUUAUUUACUUCACGUAUUGCAAUAUUCUUGUCAUAUUAUUUAAGUAACUUUUAUGAGAAUUUACAUAAUUAUAUUGAAUUAUAAAUAUGUCUAAAUUAAUGUAUUAAUUAUUUAUUUACAAUGAGCUUAAGACUAAUAGAUAAACACCCAUAAUAAGUAUGUAGGUAUUUACUUUUAUGGAUCGAAUGUCGUCUGUUUGACGUUUGUCGGACUGUCAAAUUCAAUUGACAGAUACGACAAACGUCACUUCCGCUCGAGACAGCACCGCGCCCGCCACAUCACACUUUCGGAUCGUAUUUACAAUUGUGUCUAGCCAGAAAUUGAUAAUAACAACGAUUGCGUUCAUUGAGUAUUUGUGUUAGUAAUAUUAAAUCUAAUUAGUAAGCUGUAGAGGUGGUUUCAUUUUCCUUAUAAUCUAUAAUACUUGAAUACUGGCAACACUGCUCUGAUAAACAGUCGAUUGACCUUGAAAAUUCGAAGUAAACAUGAUUAAAGUAGAACUACAAUAUUUUGGUUGAAAAUAAUUACAAAUCCUGCCUGUGGUGUCGGUGUUCUACACAACUUCAGUUAAUUUAACGAAUUCAUUGUUAAAUAUGUGAAAAUGUGACGUUGAAUUAUGUUUAAAAGGCGAAGUAAGUCGAACUCCAACGGACUGGACAUCGCGAGAAUGAAACAAUAUUAAUUCCUUCACACAAUAUUUGUGGCAACUGUCGCUGAUUCUGACGCUACUUAUGCAACGUUCACCAGGACAGGUAGUAUUGGACCAUGGUCACCAUCACCCUCAACACGAGCUCUGCUGAACAGGUAUAGCGACGAGGUGGUUGUCUGUAAGAGUCUGACACUCUCUCUCGCCUCACCCAAGGCUGGAGAAGUCAUUGGAUGAUUUUCUUCCUCUAGAAAAGGUAUAUCGGGUCCGAAAUAAGUUGUUAUACUGAAUUAAAUACCAGCAACCUCUAACACACUUGUGAGACACAGUUGUCAGUAAGAGUCUGACUGUUCCUUUAUCUUCAACGGCACUUGAUGACACAAAACCCGGUGUUGGUUAGAAGCACAGCAACACUGCCAAAAUGUAUAGGAAACGAGAAGGAACGUCCGGCAUUAAAGGCCAGCUUUACGAAACAAAAUUAAUCAGCCUGAUUAACUUCAGAGCAAAGUUCGACAACAGCCUCAAAGAUUUCUAUCUAGCGACCAACAUGGCAGACAUAGGCACAUUUGACGAUAUAUGCUUCAGAGCUAAAGCGAAAAUUGGGAAAAAUAAUAAACAAAUCGCCAUUUUCAUUCAAGCGAAACACAGAGAAGCAGACAAAACUGUUUUGACGCUAAACAGCGCAAACGACUUAUCUAAAUGGUUUGAUAGCUACCUCACCAUCAAACGUUCCUUCAAACAAGACACCAAAGACGUCUUCUUUAAGGGAAAAUUUCAAGACAUUGACUCUUAUUUCAUUAUGUAUACAACAGCUAAAGAUGAUCGCGAUAAUGUACGAUUUGACACAGAAGUGGCUCAUAAACUCAACAGUUUAAUAGCUACAGGGAACGAUGCCGUCCAGCCGAAUCACAAAGAAACACAUGUGGAAUUCCUAUGUGACAUAGUCAUGAAGGAACAGCUAGUCGAGCUGGCUACUGUAUUUGCAGAAUUUGUAAAUAAAGACGACAAUACUGUGUUGUCAAUGAACAACGAUCUGAUACUCAUUUACCACGUGAUUCUGGCGAAAAAGUUCUUCCUUAUAAGCGAGAUUCGGAAUAAAAACGAAGACAGUGAACACAGAAUCGCUCGUUUUCGUAGUGAGUUUUACACAAGCGAUGAUGAAUUUAUGAAAUUAUUCAGAGACACGCUUUACAAAGAAAUUCUAAAGAAAAGAGCACUUGAUGAUGUCACUAGGAAUGAACUGCUAGUAAAGCUACUUGAGGAACCUUUAGAUGUUCAAAUAUUGGCAAAACUUAUACACAGCGUUGUGACACUAAACAAAGAUACUGGAAAACUGGAAUUUGUCAACAAAUCUGUGGGUGAAGAUUUAAGACAUAGAUUGGAAAAGGUAAAAGUCCUCCGGACGAAUGUACAUGAGGCCAUUUCCAUAGCCGCGGAAGAAAUACUGAGAUCAAAGGAAAUUAAAGUUCCAGUGCCAUUCGGCAACAAAGAUCUCACAGUGAGAGGGAGUGAAGAUACUAAUGACGAUUUCACAGCAGACAGCAUACUUGUGAAAGUCAAAAACAAAAUGGUGGAAAUGUUAUUGCAAUCCGCACCGGGAAAUAUAGUCACGAUAGACAAAAAUGUGGAAAAAGAAUUUUCGAAAAUCAACAUCGAUUUAGCUAGUAUUAUGGGGAAUAUUUUAAUAGCAGACCAAAAUAGUAAAUACAUGCAAUUCUCAGACAAUACCGACACACUAGGUGACAUUGCGAAACAGUUGUUUUCCGAACUACAAUCCGCAAUACCAAAUUUACAAGAUUUUAAAUUUAAUGUAGAUGUUGAAACGUUUCCAGUGCUUUCUUUUGAGAAGAUAGAUUUAAUAGAAGAUGAUAUUUCAGCUCUCGCGACAACUAUUGGUACGUUUCUGAAUAAAAACACUGAUUCUGUGAUGCCAACGACAGAUAAUAUCCUACGACGAUACCACGUGGCUCUCACACAUAAAGUAAUGUACGCGAUGAAAAUGGGGAACAUUUUUGAUAUAACUUUCAAUGAGCACGCGGUGAAAUCAUUGAAUCUAACAGAGAAAUCAACAAACGUCAUUUUCGUAACGGAAAAUAUUCCUUUGACAGUAGUAAAACUGAUGCAGUCUUUGAACAAAUUCAAACACACUGUCAUGGAUUUAGAAGAUCUACUUCAAACGAAAGACUACUCUACACUUGUUGCAGAACUAACAAAAAUAGAACAAAACAAAAUUAUAAUACUAGCGUGCGAUAACAUACAAAGAAGCUCAAAUAAAAGAUUAGAAAAUAUUUCAAAUAUUUUGAAUGAAAAACGGAUAAUUAUCGUCACAAAUACAGCUGUGCUAGACACGGUCCAGAUAUAUUUUAAAGAUAUAAAAGAAAUAAGAGACGACAGAUGUAGUCUUGCAGACAUGAGUGAGAAGUCACAGAAAACUGUUUUACAAGCAAAAGUAAAUUUUCAAGAUGUCGAAGUGACAUUAGACACAAUCGUUGACGAGGAAUCGAUGCAAACCGUCGAAGGAGUUGUUUUAAACGACUUUAUUAAUAACGAAACAAGAUGUUUUAGUAACUCGGUUACAAAUGUAAAUUAUGAGAAAGUUAAACAUCUUUACGUGGACAGAAGAGUGUGUAUAGUGUGUAAGGCUACAGAGGCCAGGUAUAUUAUUCCUAAACAAAUAGUACUUUCCGAUCUAAAUGGCUUGUCGAAGGUAGUCCUGUUGACUGCAAAGCCAGGCAUGGGAAAAUCAACUUUAUUGACCCACUUGUCUAUUAAAACCAAAGAGUCAAUCAAACCCAGCAACUUGGAUAGCGAGAGUCAACUUGCUGGAUCAUUGUGAAAAAUUCAAUAAAUGGCAAGAAAACAAAGUGAGAAUUGAUAUUUUAGAAACUUUGAAGUUUUUGUGUCCAAUUAUUGUCGGAGGGAAUGGAAAGAGCGACUUGGAGUUCGAUUUAGAGGAAUCGGAAGGUGAAGUACAACUAAAAUCGUGUCGUAUAGACAAUCCCUGGACAGUGUUUGAAAUAAAAAUGUUCCUAGACUAUUUCAAUAGAAAGGAACUUAUCUUUUUAUUCGAUGGUUUCGAUGAGAUAUGUCCGCUCUAUACAGAAGUGGUAAUGUCCUUAUUAAAAGUUGUGCGGAAUUACACAAAUAGACAUGUAAUGUGGAUCACGAGUAGGUUUCACGAGAAGGUGAUGUCAAGAUUGGAACAAGAGUUUGGUCUACCGUAUGAAGUCAAGGGAUUCAACGAUGCCGAACUUGACGGAUAUUUGUGGAAAUAUUGGCAAUCAACAAUUAUAUUGAGGACUUUGAACAAACGUCAGUGCAAUAACUUGUGUAGCUUCAUGGAGUUUAUGUCCCUAUAUUACUAUGAUUUUCACACGAAAGUUUCAACUGUUCUAUGGGAAAAUUAUAAAAUGCUUUUUCUAAGAGUCUGUUUCAAUUUUAUUUACUAUUUGCGAAAGGAACUUCAUAUUUGUUCCGAAGAUGUGAUAAAGACAUUUAACCUAUUUUUCCAGGACUGUAAUUAUAUCAGGCGAUUUACUGAAGCCUUCGAUACCCCGUUACACCUUUACCUAUGCGCCAAUUAUUUCCAAAACCAAGUAAAUGAUGAAAGGAUAACACCAAACAGAUGGAACUUAGACAUAAACGCUUUCACAGUUUACGACAACUUUAUUGAAACAAAACUCAAAACUAUAAGAUUUCAAGAGAAAAACAAAAUCGAUUUGCACAAUCCGGACAAUUUGACGAUUUACGAGAAAAUUCGUGAGGACUUCUUCGUGAAACAUUACAAAUUGGGCGCGUAUGCUGUCUUUAAUCAGGACCUUAGCAAAAUAUUUGACGAAAAGGAAUUAUCUAAAAUAAGAAAAACUAUAGAAAAUAUUAAAAUUGGCACGGAAAAGACUGGACUGGUUCAGAGCAUCAUUAACGGUAUACCCACAUUUAUACAUAGGACGUUCACCGAAUAUUUCGCAGUCGAAUAUAUUUGUCAAUUAUUGAAAUCGGCCACAGGGACAGAAAGCCAAAGAAAGAUUUGGGACUUCAUUUUAAAUGUCCUAUUUACAAAGUGGUACAUAAAUAUGCGUCAAAUGUUUGGCUACAGAUUAAAAACAGACAAUGUGUUGAAAGCAACAGUAUAUGAGCAUGGUGAAACAAUUUUUGAUUUGUUAUUGACGCAGGGCAAGGGAGUUCACGCUUACAAUCCAGAUGAUUUUAGCAAGGAAUUGUAUUUAAAAGUGAAAACACAUCUAGAUAGUGCCAUGACCAAUGAUCUUGCAAGCUUCGUCCCAAUAUUAUGUGAUUUAAAAGAAAAAAUGGCUGAAGAUUAUAUACAAAAGUUUGUAGACGCAAUAUCUAGAACUAAAGGUUUUAUAUUAUUGAAUUCAGUAUUAAAAAAACGAAAAUCUUUCUUAAAUAAAAUUGAUGAAAUAAAAUAAA